AUGAAAUUCGCCAAAUCCAGACGUGGGGGCUCUGGAAAGCGGGCUUUUGGCUCUGCAAACAGUGAAUCGGACGAUUCCGACCAGGAAGCCGGAUUGGAACAGUAUGUAAAGCGGAAAACCGCCAAAAUAGCUGAAAACCUUCCCACGGCCGCUCCAGUUCCGGAACUGGACUACAAUUCCAGGGAAAGCGAAGAACUUAAAAAGAAACCGACGAAUUCCAAGCUGAUCGAAAAAUUCAGGGCUGCUAAAGAGCAGCGGAACUUGGACAAGCUUUACAACGAAGCAUUGAAAGCCGACCUGCAAAGUCACAAUUUGGAUUCUAGUGGAAAUCACCAGAGUUACGUGACUGAAGGCUAUAAAGAGAAGAAAGAAGCAUUGAAACAGGCGUCCAAAGAAAGAGAGCGGGAAGAAGAACAGGAGAAAUCUAAAACAGGGUUUCUAGGCUCAGUUUCAAGUUUGAAUGUCUUUUUGAUCAAUACAGCAGAGUCAGCUGAUCAGAAAGAUGAAAGCUUGGAAAAGUUGGAUAAGGGUCCCAAACAAGAAUCGAACACGGAACCCAAGGAAACAUACCAAAACGACAUCUACGUGGGUAACACCACUAACAAGCAAGAAGGAAGCGAGUCGACCGGCAGAGGUUCUCCAGUUAUUUUACAACAAUCAUCACAUUUUGGCCGUGAGUCAGUUGUUGCAAAAUUCUUGGCUUCCAAAAGAACGGCGGAAGAGAUAGAGCAUCAAAGACAAUUGUACCUAGGAAGAAUGGCCAUAAAAAGCGGUUCAACAAGCCAGUUGGGUUUGACUCACCACCCCACAGUCACCUAG